GUAUUAGUAUGCUGUGGUUGUGGUAGCCGUGAAGGAGAUUCUCAACCAUACGAAACUUCACGAUGUGCUCAAUCACCAUUGAGUCCCAUUGUCGAUGCAGCAAAUUCAAACUCUCCGAAAGAACGCGUUUCACUCCAGGAAAGGAUAAGUAUCGACGCCCCAAAUCCUGAGCCGGUUGAGGAGACACCAAAGAAGGAGACGGAAACGGAGCAAAUUUCAUCAGAACCUGUUUCCCGUGUUCCAUCUGUUGUUGGGUUAGUGUAG